AUGAGGAUUUCUCGCCCCUUACUCCAAGUUCCCGUGGCUGUCGGGUUCGCCCAUGGCUCGACCAUUGCGGACUGCGAGUCCUUGGCGGGCCGGCUGAGUCUCCCAAACACGACGUACGCCGACCUGAACUACGGCGCCUCUCACCAGUUCGCCACCAUCGGGACAAACAACGGCCACAACGGCACCUCGGGCGCCCCCUUCCUCGAGAACCCCGGCGUCCUCGAGGACUACGUCUACCGCGCCGUGCACCUCGAGGCUCAGCUGGGCAAGGCCAUCACCGCCGAGUUCUACGGCAAGAACCACACAAAGGCCUACUACAUUGGCUGCUCCACGGGAGGCCGGCAGGGGUUCAAGGAGGCGCAGUCAUUCCCGGAGGACUUUGACGGCAUCGUCGCCGGCGCGCCCGCCUUCGACCUCAUCAGCCUCCAGUACUGGACCGGCCAGCUCUUCCUCAAGACCGGCACCAGCAAGGACUCGCGGUUUCUCACGCCCGCCCAGUGGGGCCUGGUGUAUAACGACAUCUUGAGCCAGUGUGACGGCCUGGACGGGCUGGAGGACGGCAUCAUCGAAGACCCGAACCUCUGCCAGUACCGCCCUGAAGGGCUCAUCUGCUCUGGUGGUUCGUCGGGGGCGUGCCUGACCGGUGAACAGGCAGAGACGCCCAAUCAAUACCCCAUGGACUGGUGGCGGUAUGCCGUGCACAAUGACCCCAACUGGAACAUCUCGACGCUGAACUAUGACGAUUACGAGGUCGCCGCUCAACAGGACCCGUGGAACGUGUCCACGUGGCAGGGCGAUCUCUCCGGCGCGCGCGAGCGCGGCGUCAAGAUCCUGCACUACCACGGCAUGCAGGACCCGGCGAUCAGCAGCGACAACUCGGAGAGAUACUACGACUACGUCUCGCGGACCAUGAGCCUGCCCUCGGCGGAGUUGGACGACUUUUACCGCUACUUCCGCAUCUCCGGCAUGGGUCACUGCAACGACGGCACCGGGGCCAGCUUGAUCGGCGGGAGCACGAACGGGUACUCGGCGUUCGAGCCGGACGCCAACGUGCUGUCCGCGAUCGUCCAGUGGGUCGAGGAGGGCGUCGCGCCGGACUACAUCCUCGGCAGCCGGAAGACGGCGUCGGGCCAGAUUGACCUGCAGAGGAAGCACUGCAAAUACCCGGCGCGAAACGUGUACAAGGGCCAAGGCGACCCCGGUACACCUGACAGCUGGGAGUGCGUUUGA